AUGUUGGUUGAUCUCAACGUAUGCUGGCCCCAGAAGAGUUAUCAAGAAACAGUUACGGAACGUGAUGUGUGGAAUGUAAGAAAAACAUUGGAAACUCUGAAUGUCCUUGGAUACACACAUGUGGCCAUCAAUUUUACAGUAAACCAUAGCGAAAAACUUCCCAGCGACCCCAAGGAGGUAAAUCCAAUUCGGAUAGAGGAGAGAUUUGGUCACCUAAUGAAGACCACAGGUUUAAAAAUAUACUCACGGAUAACCUUGAUUAUAGAUGAUCCAUCUAAAGGGCAGUCUCUAACAAAAAUUUCCAAGUUCUUUGAUAUAGUUUCUGCGCUACCAAUAAGUGAACGUGGUGUUACACUAGCAACUACCAGUUUAGAGAUUGAUAUUCUCACUUUCAAUUACGGGGAGCGCCUUCCAGUUUUCCUGAAGCAUAAAAGCAUUUGCAGCUGUGUCAAGAGAGGUGUCAAAAUUGAGAUAGUUUACUCCUAUGCGCUUAGAGAUAUCCAAUUGCGCAGGCAGUUUGUAUCAAAUGUCAGAAGCGUUAUACGAAGCUCAAGAUCCCGUGGCCUGGUAAUCAGUAGCGGGGCACAAACACCCUUAGAGUGUAGGAACGUACUUGGUGUCGUGAGCUUGAUAAAAUUCUUAGGACUGCCAAGCGACAAAUGCAAUCGAGCCAUGGGUGAGCUCGCAGCUUUGGUGCUGCUGAAUGGCCGAUUAAGGAACAAAAGUUACAAGCAGACAGUCGUGGUGGGCGGUGGUUCAGAUUCCGACAUAGUGAACGACAUAACGCCCUCCACCAACACUGAGAACAUAAAAAUCAUUAAACGAAAACGUCAAGAUGAGCAGCCACAUGUCAAGAAGGUAAAGCUAUGA